AUGACGAACGAAUCACGAGAACGACCCGCUACUGCUGACCAGAACGAAUUUCACUUCAAGGGAGGACAAGGGAAUUCAGUUGCACCGAACGAGGUUGAGAAAAGCGAACGAUGGGUCUCUCAGAAACCGGCAAACCGUAGACAAACUGUAUUGGACGAAAAACGCUGCUUCCUUGUG